UUCUGCAAAGACAAUGAAUUCGAAAAUUGAGGCAGCUGGUGAGGUAUUUACAUAUGAACAUAAACCUAAGGAGUUGAGCAACAUUUCCAAUAUCAAAGUCAAUCCUUUCAUUAAGAAAAAAAAUUCAGUCAAGUGUUAUAAGCCGAAGAUGAAUUUUGAAUGUCAUCCUGGUCCGAUGAAUGCAUCGGUGUUGUUCUUGGGUAACAAUCACCGUGCGUUUGAGGUGUUUAAAAAUCCUACACCUUAUGAUAACCCAUUAGAUGUUAGACGAUCUGAUCGAUCGUUCUGGCAACAUAUCAAAGAUAAUCCGGUUAGUGGAAGGGUAGAAGCUUUAAUACAUGCAGCAGGUUUCAGCGGGAUACUGCAAUGUGGGUACAAGUAUCUUGACCACGCGUUAAUAACUUCGUUGGUUGAGAGAUGGAGGCCAGAAACUCACACGUUUCACCUUCCUUUUGGAGAAACGACCGUGACAUUACAGGAUGUCAACGUGUUAUGGGGGCUACCGAUAGAUGGGUUGCCUAUUUCUGGGGCUGACAAUGGUAUGACGAUGUAUGCUGUACGCGACAAGUGUCAAACGGUGUUGGGGUUUACCCCUGAAGAAGCUUUUGUGAAGGGCAAAAGGGUUAGGUCCGCCCGAGUUUUAGCACAAAUCACGUCAACCAAUUUUUCUGAAAAUGAAGCAUCAGAUGAAGAUUGCAUUUUUCGUGCACGUCAAAUAAUAUUUUAUUUGAUAGGGUGCACAAUCUUUCCUAAUAAUGCAAACAACCUGAUUGAUGUCAAAUUUUUAGAUUUUCUGGUAGACUUGCCCGCAUGUUCGGGAUAUAGUUGGGGAGGGGCUGUGUUAGCUCUCCUUUACAAAAACCUUUGUAUGGCUACAGCACCUAAUGCUAUAGCCAUUACUGGCCCAGUAGCGCUUCUACAAGUGUGGGCUUGGGAGAGGUUUCGCUGUUUUGCUCCAGCUGUUGCCCGGUUCCAGUACAAUGCCCCGUUAGCUGCUCGGUGGAAGGGAAGCUUAACGUGUACAGAUGUUUCCACACAUUGUCUGAGAACAUAUAGAUCUCAGCUGCAAUCAAUGACCGAGGCAACGUUUAAUUGGAGGCCAUACGACGACAUUCUCGGUACACUCCCCGAUAUAUGUCGGAGUGGUAUGGCAAUUUGGCGGAGUUGUUGCCCUUUGCUAUGCUACGCGGUUGUCGAGCAUCACUAUCCUCAACGAGUGAUGAGACAGUUUGGCAUGUUCCAGUACAUACCUAACCCAAUUGCCAUAGAUCAUAAUGAGCAUGCCAGACUUCAUGCCAUGAACCGGAGUGGGAAAACCGGCUGGAACUGGUUAAGUCGUCACGCACCGUAUGUUAGUCAGUGGGAGGCACGUCAUCAAAACUUGGUGACGGGGGAACUCACGACAUCUGUUGGAGUUUCCAACGAUUACAUGUCGUGGUACAUGCAACAUACGGUGUUAUAUGUGUCUAACCCACAGUUGUCAGCUGGCCAUACGAGCGGAUUUCAAGACGAAGGAGCGAGGGUCCAAAUGAUGUCGGAGACGAUGGGUCUAAUUCACCGAUCUGAAGAUGUGGACUUUAUUCAUGGUGCGGCUUAUCGGGCCCUUGAGAUGUCUAACGUACCACAAUACACACAAUAUCCGACUCAUCUGUCACAGGAGCCGGUGGACCUUGUUUCGUAUCCUCGUACACAGAGGUUAGGUAGGCAACGACGUCGUGCUCGUGGUGGUAGAAACGUUGAAGAGGCCGGGCCAUCAAAUUGGGUCCCAAAUUUCGAAACAGGGGGGGGGUCCGGAUCCGGUGGUAACGAAGAUUUAAACAUUGCGGUAAACCUUGGUAAUACUGAUACGGGUGCAUCAUGGCAGUCGGCGUUGGCUACGGCAUGCUCCGAGGGUUUUGACGUGGGUAUGUUAUUAAACCCCCAACCAAAUGAUAUGGGUCACAACAAUCAGUUUGUAGACCCGAACAUAAGUCAGGCGGGGUUCUUUAGCCCCUCGUCCCAUAUGAUGGACCCCAACACUAGUCUGGCAGGGUUUGUUACCCCCGCGUCACAGAUGAUAACAUUUAUGCCGGAGAACCAAACAGACUAUCAUUAUUGGGCCGCAAACCAAAGUAACGAAGAUCACCGGAACCGUUAUGCAGAUGUUGAACCAAACCCCUUAGACUGGAGUCUCGACUUGAAUCUGUUUCCACCACCACCGAAUGACCCGUAGAGUGUAAUACGUUGUGAAUAAAAUGUAUUG